UCAUUCUAUUCAGCUUUACCUCUUUUUUUCUGCUAUUUUUGUUUUUAUUUUUUCAAAUCGUAUUAUUGUGAACUCGGAGUGAUUCUGCAGACAAAAAAGCAAUGGGGAUCCCAUCGGAAAUGAGAGAUGCGUGGAUUAACAGAAGGAAAUCUCUAUUGAUCCCUUCUCCUUAUGAAGAAGAGAAAAUCGCGGCUUCACGACGUUGUACUCAAGAGGGGGUUCGUGCUGGGACAAAGGCAGCUGCAGUUGCUUGCGUCGUUACUACUGUGCCCACGUUGCUUGCGGUUCGUAUGAUUCCUUGGGCAAAGCAUAAUCUUAAUUAUACGGCACAGGCACUGAUCAUAUCCGCAGCUUCAAUUGCCACCUACUUCAUCACUGCUGAUAAAACUAUUUUGGAGUGUGCACGGAAAAAUGCGCAGUAUAAAAAAUCAGCUUGAACAGAAUCAUCCUUUUAUAAAGAAAUUUGAGGACAUGGACCUUGAUCUUGGAAUUCUGGUGGGCAGCUUAGGACAUCCUGCAGAAUGUAGACUUCCGGGUAAUAAAAUUUUGUUAAGUGUGAAACCUGUGGACAUAUAUAAUAUGUAAUGGUUAUAGCUUACAAUGCUGAUGAGAUCUUUAUUUAAACUUUAUUCUGCCAAAUGAGAUGAUGUUUUCAAU